GGCGGCGGCGGCGGCGGCGGCGGAACGGCGAAGGGGGCGGAGAGGGCGGAGCGCGGCGGGACGCGGGCCGGACCGCGCGUACUUCUGGCGGUGGGAUUCUCGCUGCGACGGUGGUGGUAGCGGCUGCCGCUGCACCGACAGCGGCAGGUCAGUCAUUGGCACCAUGAACUGGAAUAAAGGUGGCCCUGGCACUAAACGGGGAUUUGGCUUUGGAGGUUUUGCCAUCAGUGCUGGGAAGAAGGAAGAACCCAAACUCCCACAACAAUCCCACAGUGCCUUUGGGGCAACCAGUUCUUCUUCUGGAUUUGGAAAAUCAGCUCCACCACAGCUUCCUUCUUUCUACAAAAUUGGAUCUAAAAGAGCCAACUUUGAUGAAGAAAAUGCGUAUUUUGAAGAUGAGGAAGAAGACUCUAGUAAUGUUGAUUUGCCUUACAUUCCUGCUGAAAACUCACCUACACGUCAGCAAUUCCAUUCCAAGCCAGCAGAUUCUGACAGUGAUGAUGAUCCCUUGGAGGCAUUUAUGGCUGAAGUAGAGGAUCAGGCAGCUAGAGACAUGAAGAGGCUUGAAGAAAAGGACAAGGAAAGAAAAAACGUAAAGGGUAUUCGAGAUGACAUUGAAGAGGAAGAUGACCAAGAAGCUUAUUUUCGAUACAUGGCAGAAAACCCAACUGCUGGUGUGGUUCAGGAGGAGGAAGAAGACAACCUGGAAUAUGAUAGUGAUGGAAAUCCAAUUGCACCCUCCAAAAAAAUCAUUGAUCCUCUUCCUCCCAUUGAUCAUUCAGAGAUUGACUACCCACCAUUUGAAAAAAAUUUUUACAAUGAACAUGAGGAGAUAACCAACCUCACUCCACAGCAGUUAAUAGAUCUUCGGCAUAAACUCAAUCUUCGGGUCUCUGGUGCUGCACCUCCUAGACCAGGGAGUAGUUUUGCCCACUUUGGGUUUGAUGAACAACUUAUGCACCAGAUUCGGAAAUCUGAGUACACGCAGCCCACUCCAAUACAGUGCCAGGGUGUACCUGUAGCAUUAAGUGGUAGAGACAUGAUUGGUAUUGCUAAAACAGGAAGUGGAAAAACUGCAGCUUUUAUCUGGCCCAUGUUGAUUCAUAUAAUGGAUCAGAAGGAAUUGGAGCCAGGUGAUGGACCAAUAGCAGUGAUUGUGUGUCCUACGAGGGAGCUUUGCCAGCAGAUCCAUGCAGAAUGUAAGCGGUUUGGGAAAGCAUAUAAUCUUCGAUCAGUGGCUGUGUACGGAGGAGGGAGCAUGUGGGAGCAGGCCAAGGCCCUUCAGGAAGGGGCAGAGAUUGUUGUGUGUACCCCAGGUCGACUGAUUGAUCAUGUGAAGAAGAAAGCUACUAAUCUUCAAAGAGUCUCUUACCUUGUGUUUGAUGAAGCAGAUCGAAUGUUUGACAUGGGAUUCGAGUACCAGGUUCGAUCCAUAGCAAGUCAUGUCCGUCCUGACAGACAGACUCUUUUAUUCAGUGCAACUUUUCGGAAAAAGAUUGAAAAACUGGCCAGAGACAUCCUGAUUGACCCUAUUCGAGUGGUGCAGGGAGAUAUUGGAGAGGCAAAUGAAGAUGUGACACAGAUUGUAGAGAUUCUCCAUUCUGGGCCCAGUAAAUGGAAUUGGCUUACCCGGCGUCUGGUGGAGUUUACCUCUUCAGGGAGUGUCCUCCUGUUUGUUACUAAGAAAGCCAAUGCUGAAGAGCUAGCCAAUAACCUUAAGCAGGAGGGUCAUAAUCUUGGGCUGCUCCAUGGGGACAUGGACCAGAGUGAGAGAAAUAAGGUCAUUUCAGACUUUAAGAAAAAGGACAUCCCAGUUCUGGUGGCCACUGAUGUUGCAGCCCGUGGUCUGGACAUUCCUUCAAUUAAGACUGUCAUUAACUAUGAUGUGGCACGAGACAUCGAUACCCAUACGCAUAGGAUUGGCCGCACAGGAAGAGCUGGUGAGAAGGGUGUGGCCUAUACCUUACUGACCCCCAAGGACAGCAAUUUUGCUGGUGACCUGGUCCGGAACUUGGAAGGAGCCAACCAACAUGUUUCCAAGGAACUCCUAGAUCUUGCAAUGCAGAAUGCCUGGUUUCGGAAAUCCCGCUUCAAAGGAGGGAAGGGCAAAAAACUGAACAUUGGUGGAGGAGGCCUGGGCUAUAGGGAGCGGCCUGGCCUAGGCUCUGAGAACACGGAUCGAGGAAAUAAUAACAAUGUGAUGAGUAAUUAUGAGGCCUACAAGCCUUCCACGGGAGCCAUGGGAGAUCGUCUGACAGCAAUGAAAGCAGCUUUCCAGUCCCAGUACAAGAGUCAUUUUGUUGCAGCCAGUUUAAGUAAUCAGAAGGCCGGAAGUUCUGCUGCUGGGCCAAGUGGAUGGACUAGUGCAGGAAGCUUGAAUUCUGUUCCAACUAAUUCAGCACAGCAGGGCCAUAACAGUCCUGACAGCCCUAUCGCCAGUUCUGCCAAGAGCAUCUCAGGCUUUGGCAGUGCUGGGAAUAUCAGCAGUGCUCCAGUGACAUACCCUUCUGUUGGCACCCAGGGAGCCAACAACACAGCUUCAGGGAAUAACAGCCGAGAAGGGAUUGGGGGUGGCAAUGGGAAAAGAGAGAGAUAUACUGAGAACCGGGGUGGCAGCCGUCACAGUCAUGGAGAGAGUGGCAUUCGGCAUGGCGAUAGCCCACGUCAUGGAGAUGCUGGUCGCCAUGGAGAUGGAUACCGAUACCCGGAAAGCAGCAGCGGCCGUCACACUGAUGGCCAUCGGCAUGGGGAGAACAGGCAUGGAGGAAGUGCGGGCCGGCAUGGGGAGAGCCGGGGUACAAAUGAUGGUCGGAAUGGAGAAAGCCGGAAAGAAGGUUGUAAUCGUGAAAGCAAGAUGGACCCCAAGGUGGACAGCAAGAUGGACAAGAUGGACAGUAAGACAGAUAAGACAGCUGAUGGUUUUGCUGUCCCAGAGCCACCUAAACGCAAGAAAAGUCGAUGGGACAGUUAGAGGGAAUGUGUUACAGUGUGAAAUCAGUUCUUUAGUUUUACUUUAAGAGAGAUUUUGGUAACUAGGUGUCUCAGGGCUGGGUUGGGGUCCAAGGUAUAAGGACCCCCUGCCCUUAGUGGAGAGCUUGGAGCACAGACAUUAUGCCUUCAUAUGAAUGAUUGUUCAGAUGCUUUCUGAGGAAGCUGCUUUGGUCCCAGCAAGCACUGACACCUGGGAAGCUUCUGUUGGCUCUGGGUGAGUUGUCAUGAGGGUAAGUUGAAGACACUUGGGGGAAAAGGGCCUUAUAGGGCACAAAACUCACUCUAGGUUUAUAAGUAGCUUAUAUUUUUUACUAAAAUGUCACCUUAUAAACAUCUAUGAAUCAGAUUCUUUUUCUUAGCGCUCUGGCCAGGCAAUCCCCUUUUAUAGGAGUUGGCUUUUGCAAACCCAAUUUAUUGAGCUGUCGGGGAUGUUUGGAAAGCUGUUUGGUGCUUCAAGACAUUUGCAGGGAAGGAAUCCCCAAUUCUAAACAAGAGUUGACACUCAGGUUCUCCAGAUUGUAUCCAGCCCUGAGACAUACAAGCAGCAACCUUCUAAACCCAGCUUUUGAGAUUUUCAGAGUCUCUGUGAUUGAAGGGAAAUGACUCUGAAAGGGGUUCCAAGAUUGCUUCAGGCCCAAGGUAUUGGCUAAAUUUCAAAAUUAAAACCAACAACAGCUUUUAAAGUGUUUGUUUUGUUUUGUUUUGUUUUUGUAACUUGCCCCAAUAGAAGUCUUUUGCUGAAAUGAUUUUGAUGACUUUUGUUCUAUCUUGUUUAUAAAAGGAAAAGAAAUACACAAACUUCAAAUUUUGUGACUUUGUGAAGGUUUCUUUAAGAUGUGCAUUCCUCUGCUUGCUCUCUAGUAAAUGUUUUACUACUGGGA